AACUAAAAUGGGCUUAAAAAGUGUACGUAACCGCUAAAUAACGCCCCGCUCUAUAUCUCAUCCGCUAAUUUUGGCGGCAGAAAAACCGCUACCCUCCACUCUUUCCCUCCAUUCUUUUACUAACUCAACUCACUCACUCACUCACUAACCCACUCACCACAUUCCACUUCUUUUGCUCUCACUGAUUUAAAUUCAAUUCUCAUCCUUCAAUUUUAAUUUAAAUACCCAUGUUCUCUUUUCAAUUCAGUCCAAGAAAUUUUCAAAACCAUGUCUGAUUUUGACCAUGCUAGUCUUCUUUGUCAAGAAGAUGAAGUUUCUUGUUUCAACGAAACUUUUCAAGAUUUGAAUUCUUCUUAUUCUAGUUUUGUUUUGGAGAGUGAAGAGAUUGAAUAUAUUGAGAAAAUGGUUGAAUUAGAGACCAGAAAUUAUUCUAUUCAUUCUUCUGAAGAUGAUGAUGGGUAUAAUUGCACGGAAACUGCUGAUUUUAGCUGGGUUAAAUGUGCCCGAUUGGAUGCAAUUGAAUGGAUUUUCAAUACAAGAGCAAUCUUGGGAUUUCAUUUUCACACUGCUUAUCUAUCAGUGACUUACUUUGACCGCUUUCUUUCAAAGAGAUCCAUUGAUGAUGGGAAAUUAUGGGCAAUUAGAUUAUUAUCAGUGGCAUGUUUAUCACUAGCAGCAAAAAUGGAAGAAUGUAGAGUUCCAUCAUUAUCAGAGUUUCCAAUUGAAGAUUAUUGCUUUGAAAAUAAGGUAAUUCAAAGAAUGGAGUUGCUGAUUUUGAAUACUUUAGACUGGAAAAUGGGUUCAAUUACUCCUUUUUCUUAUCUACAUUACUUCAUCAAUAAACUUUAUGGUCAAUCUAGUCCAAAGGAAACCAUUUCAAGAGCUGUGGAGCUUGUUCUUGCAGUGAUUAAAGAGAUUAGUUUAGUGGAUUAUCGACCAUCGAUUAUUGCUGUUGCUGCAGUGUUAGCUGCAUCUGAUCAUCCAUUAACAAGACCAGAAUUGGAGAUCAAGAUGAAAGUAAUUUCAUCAUGGGGUUCUCUUGAUAAUCAGGAAAAUAUAUAUUCCUGUUAUAUUAUAAUGCAGGAAAUUUCAAUGGGAAAAAUUAAGACACCAAAGGAAUUGAUAUCUUCAUCAAUUCAAUCUAAUUCAGUUUCACUUGGUGGAGGUGGCAUUAAAAGAAGACUCACAUACAAUGACAAUGAUCAAAAUUGUCCAUUAAAGAAAAUUUCUCAUCAGCCAUAAUUAGUACAUUUAUUUCUAUUAAAUUAUUUGAAAAAAAGGGAAAAUUCAAUUGGAUUUCAUUUGUUCAAUUAUAGAAUUAUUUAUUUGUUUCUUAAUGAAAAACUGAUUAAUGUGUUUAUAUGCUAAUUAAUGGCAUAAAUUUUUGGAGUU